UUGCAUAUAAAGAGUGACACAAACUUUUACACACUCGUCGCCAUGUUAAACGACGGUCAAAGGAAGUAUCCGAAAAAUCCACGACAAAACGCGAAUGUAAUCUCUCUUCUCACCUAUUGGUGGACCCAUAAAAUUUUUUCGGUCGGUUACAAGAAGGAUCUCGAAGAGAACGAUCUUUACACGACACUCACGCAAGACAGAACCAGUUACCUGGGCGAGUUCGUAAGCAAAGCCUGGGAAGAGGAGAUAGAAUCUUGCGUCAAGAAGAAAAAUGGCGCCAAGCCGCGGUUAGUCCGGGUGUUGCUGCGCUGUUUCGGAAAAGAGAUAAUGCUAGCUGGACUGGCGGAAGCAUUCAUGGAAUUGUUCUCUAAAAUGUAUCAACCUCUGUUACUCGCCGUUCUGUUGCGUUACUUCGCGAACACCAGAGAGAACUGGACCGACGAAGUGUAUUACAGCGCAGCCGGUCUAAUUCUCCUAUCUAUUGUAGACGCUUUUAUCACACACUACACCGUCCAUUACAGUUUGCACAUGGGAUUGAAACUUAAGAUAUCUCUUACCGCGUUGAUUUAUCGAAAAAUAUUGAGGAUCUCAAAUUCGGUGUUGGAUAAUGAGACAUCUGUUGGACAGAUGGUAAACUUUCUAAGCAGCGACAUCACCAGAUUAGAAUACUUCCUCAUAGAUUUGCACUACAUUUGGAUCGCUCCUAUUCAAGUUAUAUUAAUCAUAUACUUCACAUAUUCCGAAGUUGGAUGGGCAGUGAUGAUGGGAAUGUUGGUAUUUGUGCUGUUUGUUCCUCUUCAAGCGUUCCUGACGAAGAAUAUCAUGCCGUUGACCCUUAAAAUGGCUAAGAGAUCUGACAAUCGACUAAGACUGAUGAAUCAAAUAAUCACCGGAUUGCAAGUGAUCAAAAUGUACGUCUGGGAAACCCCGUUUUACAAACUCGUGGAGAAUGCAAGGAAACGCGAGAUGAACGUGAUCAGAAAGUUCUCUAUACUGAAACAAUUGGCUUUCACUUUCGACUGCUACGUUCCUCGACUCUGUAUUUUCAUCACGAUUUUGUCGUACGUUCUGUUCGGGAAUUACAUCAAUGCUGAAAAAGUGUACUUAGUAACGGCCUAUUUCAACGUUCUACGAAACUCGAUGAUCUUCGGAUUUGCAUUUGGUCUUCAUCAGAUGGCACAAGCGUUGGUCUCUCUUCGCCGCUUGCAAAAAUUCUUGAUGCACUCCGAGAUUGCAAAAACGCGUGACUCACGUAGCACGGAGUUAGACACGUUCGCACUCAGUAUGACGAAGGUCACUGCCAAGUGGCACGGCGACAGCCAGAAUGACACUUUGCGUGACAUAAACUUGACCGUGCCACACGGCAGCCUGGUGAUCGUCGUCGGCCAAGUGGGUUCGGGCAAAAGCAGUUUGCUGCAGGCGAUUCUUCAAGAGCUGCCUCUGACGAGAGGCACCAUCGAGAGUCACGGAAGAAUAAACUACGUCAGUCAGCAGCCGUGGAUCUUCGCCUCUUCUGUGAAGCAGAACAUUCUAUUUGGACAAGACAUGGAUAAGUCGCGUUACGACGAGGUGGUCAAGGUCUGUCAGAUGAAGACGGACAUAAGCUCGUUCCCUUACGGCGAUCGGACUAUCGUGGGCGAGAGAGGAAUAAAUUUGAGCGGCGGUCAACGCGCCAGGAUCAACUUGGCGCGAGCGAUCUACAAGGACGCCGACAUUUAUCUCCUGGACGAUCCUCUCUCCGCCGUGGAUUCUCACGUCGGCAGACGUCUUGUCGACGAAUGCAUCUGCGGCUAUCUAAAGGGGAAGACAAGAAUUCUCGUGACACAUCAGCUGCAGUAUUUGCAACUGGCUGACCAGAUCGUUGUGAUGAACAACGGCGCCAUUGAGGAGAAAGGCACGUUUGAGCAAUUGCAGACACUGGGACUCGAUUUCUUGAAACUGCUGCAGACAUCGGACGCGAAGAGCAAGAAAACGGAAAACCAGAAGUCUGAAAUCGAUCAGUUUCGAAAAUUGAUGAAAAUCGAGACGAAGGAUAAAGAGGAAAUCUCAGACAAUCUGCCGGUUGAGACGCGCGAGACGAGAGUGAAGGGACGUAUGGCGACAAAGGUGUUCUUCGCUUACUUCAAGGCCAGCAAGAAACCCUUCAUGAUUACAUUGAUGCUACUGAUCUUCCUGAUGAGUCAGAUUAUCUCCGGUGGAAGCGAUUACUUCGUCGCAUUUUGGGUGAACGUCGAGACGAAUUCGUGGUAUAGAACUGAGAACGAUACAACGGAGUUUAUCUGGGCCGGUCCUUUGACUCGCGACUCUAUGAUCUACACUUACAGCGCCAUGAUAGCGACUAUAGUGCUUCUGUGGCAAGUCCAGACUGUGGUGUACUUCAACGUGUGCAUGUGGGCGUCGAUAAAUCUGCAUUCCGACAUGUUCCGCAGCAUAUUGCGCGCUACUAUGUACUUCUACAACAUCAAUCCGGCUGGCCGUAUAUUAAACAGAUUCGCCAGGGAUAUCAAUAUCGUCGACUUACUGCUAUCGAUGUGUAUAUUUGACAUCAUAGUAAUCAGCUUGAUCUUAGUCACGGUGGUGAUCAUGGUCAUAGCGAUCACUCCGUGGCUGGCCAUACCCACGGUGAUUUGUAGUUGCAUUUUUAUUUACUUGCGCAAGAUAUACAUCCGCACCAGUCGCAGCAUCAGACGUUUAGAAGGAACAACUCGUUCGCCGAUCUUCGACCAUCUAAGCGCAUCGUUGCAAGGUCUGACGACGAUAAGAGCUCACAACGCCGAGGAGAAACUAAUGGAGGACCUGUGCACUCAUCAGGAUCUUCAUUCGUCCGCCUGUUUUCUCUAUUUGGCUACUUCUCGCGCCUUUGGUUUUUACGUCGACAUAAUCUGUCAAAUUUACAUCGGAGUGCUCAUCAUGAUCUUCACGUUCUUAGAUCUAGCUGUGGUGGGCAACAUCGGUCUGGUCAUCACGCAGAUCAUGUCGCUGACGAAUCUGCUGCAGUUCGGAAUCCGACAAACGGCGGAGAUGGAGAGUCACCUGACCUCGAUGGAGCGAAUUCUCGAGUACAGUAGUUUGGAAGAGGAGCCGAUGAUCGACAGCAAGCCGGAAACCAAACCGCCGGAUGACUGGCCGACUAAGGGCCUCGUGGAAUUCGAGAACGUGUGCUUAAAAUACAGUAAAGAAGGCACGUAUAUUCUGAAGAACAUCAGUUUCAUCGCCGUGCCAAAGGAAAAGAUCGGAAUCGUCGGUAGAACCGGCGCCGGAAAGUCUUCCCUGAUCAACGCUCUUUUCCGUCUCGCCUGUGUCGAGGGAGAGAUUCGCAUAGACGGUGUGUCCACCGACAGAAUCGCUCUGCAAGACUUCCGGUCGAAGAUCAGCAUCAUCCCGCAGGAACCUUUCUUGUUCAACGGUAGUCUACGACAAAAUCUCGAUCCUUUCGAUCAGUAUUCCGACGUUUUGCUGUGGCAAGCUCUCGAGAAUGUUAAACUGAAAGAGACGAUCGCGAGCAUGGCCGUCGGAUUGAACACUAAGGUGUCCGACGGAGGAUCCAACUUCAGCGUCGGUCAGAGGCAACUGUUGUGCCUCGCGCGAGCCAUCAUUAAAGACAACAAAAUCAUGGUGCUGGAUGAAGCGACCGCCAAUAUCGAUCCUUACACGGAUUCGCUUAUACAAAAGACGGUCAGGACGAAAUUUGUCAACUGCACUGUGUUCACUAUAGCUCAUAGAUUGAACACUAUUAUGGACAGCGACAGAAUAUUUGUGAUGGAUGGUGGAUGUCUUGUGGAAGUCGAUCACCCAUAUAUUCUUUUACAAGAGAAAAAACGUUUCUACGACAUGGUGCAGCAAACAGGUCCCGCAAUGGCGGAAAUUCUUAUCGACAUAGCAACAAAAAGUUUCUAUGAAAAGGACAGAUCAUCAUCCGGAUAAUCUUUCCGCGCUUCUAUUUAUAUAGAUACAUAUAUAUAUGUAAAAUUUAUAUAGCACCUUGAUUUUUCAGCAAACAUUAGUGAAAUCUUACACAAAGAGUUUUACGAGAGUUUCAUAUUAUGAAAUUUAUAAUACAGAAAUUCUAUACGAUAUAUAUAAAACAAAAAAUGUAUA